CUCCCACCCCAGCUCCGCCAUUGGGAAUAGCUCUGAAAAGAAAAAGAAAAGCUACCCAUCACUUCCUAAAGAAAAGGAAAAAAAAGACAUCGAAUCGAUAUCCAAAUUGGCCCAAUAAGACAUCCCCAACGAAAAUACCGUCGCCUUCUCUCAAUCCGACAAAAGUGAACAUAUACAACGAAAAUAACUCGUUCUGCUCCACCUCUCCCCUUUCCAUUUUCCGAUGGACCAAACACCGGCGCCGGCGCGCGUAGUGAUGUUCCCUUUGCCUCUGCAGGGUCCCGUCAACUCCAUGCUCAAACUGGCGGAGCUCCUCUGCAUCGGAGGGCUCCAAAUAACCUUCCUAGUGACCGAUGAUAUCCACGCCCGCCUCCACCGCCACUCCAACAUCCAAACCCGCUUCCAAUCCUACCCAGGCUUCCAAAUCCGCUCGAUCCCAGACGGCUUGCCUGAAAACCACCCCCGCGGCGCCAAAUUCAUGGAGCUGUUCGAAUCUUUGAGGACUAAGACUAAACCUUUGCUCAAGGAAUUCCUGCAGAGCGGCGGCGGCGGCCCUAUUUCAUGCGUCAUUGCGGAUGCGGUGCUAGGGUUCGCUUGUGAUGUGGCUGAUGAUGUCGGGAUUCCUAUUUUUCAUGUCCGGACUAUCAGCGCUGCUUGCCUUUGGGUCUUCUUUUCUCUUCCCAUGCUUAUUCAAUCUGGAGACCUUCCUUUUAAAGGAGAUGAUGAUUUGGAUGUACCGAUAAAGAGUGUGCCGGGCAUGGAAAGGUAUCUCAGGCGCCGAGACCUUCCGAGUUUCUGCCGCUCCGGCGACAUAGCCGAUCCGCAUAUUGAAAUGUACAAGAUGGAGGCCACUGAGAAUCCCCGAGCCUCCGGCCUCAUACUAAACACAUUCGAGGAGCUCGAAGCCCCAAUACUCUCCAAGAUGCGCAACGUAUGCCCAAAUAUCUACACCAUUGGCCCACUACACGCACAUCUCAAGGCCAAACUAGCCGCCACCGCGUCAUCACUACCUGCAUUCUCCAACAGCUUAUGGGAAGAAGACAGGUCCUGCGUGGCGUGGCUCAACUCUCAGCCGCCCAAGUCCGUGCUCUACGUGAGCUUCGGGAGCCUGGCCACCGUAACCAGAGAUCAAUUAAUGGAGUUUUGGUACGGUUUGGUGAACAGCGGUCAGAGAUUCUUGUGGGUUAUGAGGCCGGACUCUGUGGACGGGAAGGACUGGGAGAGUCGGAUUCCAGUGGAACUAUCACAAGGUACUAAAGAGAGGGGUUACGUCGUGGGCUGGGCGCCUCAAGAGGAGGUGCUGGCUCAUCCUGCUGUUGGUGGGUUCUUGACGCACAGUGGAUGGAACUCGACUCUAGAGAGCGUGUAUGAAGGGGUGCCUAUGAUCUGCUGGCCUUAUUUCCUCGACCAGCAGGUCAAUAGCAGGCUGGUCGAGGAGGAAUGGAAGCUUGGUUUGGACAUGAAAGAUUCUUGUGAUAGGAGUGUGAUUGAGGAAAGUGUGAGAAAUCUCAUGGAGGUAAGGAAAGAGGAGUUUCUAAGGAGAGCUGAUGAAAUGGCGAAAUCAGCUAAAGCAUCUCUGAGUGAAGGAGGAUCUUCCUACUCUCACUUGGACCGUCUGAUUCAAGACAUCAAAACUAAGAGCGCUCAAGUUGUUCGGGACUGAUCAUCCACGCUCUCGUUGUGGUUAAUAACCAAAUAAAAGCAAAUUUAUAUGAAUUUUUCUAUUUCUUCUCAGGGUGGGAAAUUGAGGUAGUGGCUUGUAAGUUAUAUUGAAUAAUAUCUUACAUACGAUUACACAAAUGAUUCUACGUUGGCUAAA